AACCCAAUCAAUCAAACUUGCGGUCGGCACCCAUUAUCAGUCCCAACCGCAACAGACCCAUCUCCAACCAUCCCAAAUCAAAUCUCAUCGAAAGUGACCAAAUCCCAACCAUUUAAAAAACCACACCAGCAAACACAACCGUUUUCCUCCACAGCACCGUGACUGAAAUUCACUCACUCCACGCCAAAAGUCAGUCACUUGCAAGAAUCGGCGCUGAGUGCUCCCGUGCUAUACCGAGUGAGUUGAACGCGCGAUGAGACGCUGAGCUGUGCUUUUGUGAAAUUAUGUGACCCUUUGGGCUACCAGAUGCGGGAUUAUCUCAAAGCUGCCGAUACCCACCCACGAUGAUAAUCAUGGACAGCGUCGUCAUCCCCCGUCCCCCCGCCCUCCCUCCAGUCCCCCUCGCCCCCCCAACCCCCAAACCCCCCAGUCUAACGAGCACAACAUCCGGUUUUCGCCUAAUGGAGGACCAAGGCGACACCGGAAGCGUCUAUUCCAUCUACAAGCAAAAAAUCGACGCAAUGUUCGAGUCCGAUUCGAGCACGAACACAAAAAACAGCGUCCAAGCGCGCAUCGAGAAAAUGUUCAGCGACGUCGCCCAAGACAAUGGUAUUAUUCUGAGCGAUGGGACAACCCAUCGCUUCUCUGUGGACUACCUGGGCUCGGUCGGUCUAACCGACAAAGUCACAAGUCUCGCAGGCCUCCAAGGGCCGCUCAAAGACCUCUAUUUCGCCUACAAAAGGACGACAAGGGCCAAGACACUCACCGGGAAGUUGGAGAUUUCCGGCCAAGGGCUCAAAGUGCAAUACCAAGGCGAAAAGGGCGACUUGGAGCAAAUGAAUUCGUUUCCGACCAUUGCUGUGUGGUCGGCGGUCAAGUUUGUGAUACAUAAGACGAGUUAUGCUUUUUUGCCACUGAUUACCGAUCCUGAUAAUAUUGAUAAGAAAGCAUUGUUUCGGGAGUUGAGCGAUGGGGAGAAGAAGUUUAUCAAUGGGGAGACGCAUUCGCCACUUUUUGCAGUCGUGAUGAGAAAAAUCGGGCUUCAGAAGCAACUAGAGUGCCACGGUUUCGUCUGUCAAACAUCCGAAGACGCGAUCGUCAUCGCUGCAACUCUCUACAAGUCAUUAAUGGCCCACAUGAAAGCAAAAGAGAAACGGCCGAAAAACCGCAACGGAAUCACUUGUAUUUCAACAACUUCGAGCACUUUUAACGAAAAAUCGGUCCCAGUCCGACCACCGCGCAAAAAACGAAGCACGACUUCGUCCAUAAUUAGCGAAAAUGAACAGCUUGACGUGUCUGAUACUCAACCCCUGAUUCAGAAAAAGAACGUCCGGAAGAGUAUAAAGUCGCGGCCGGCGCCCAAAACCCCGGACUUUGAUGCAAUUUUGCCGUAUGAAGAGCCGGUUAAACCGGAGGAAAUCAAACCGAAGACGUUUUCCGAUCAGAUCAAUACGUUUAUGAGUCGGGAACAGAAACAAAUCACGGCGGAAAUUAAGCAAAUGAUGAACGAGAAAGUGAUCAAGCCGGCGGAAAGUGGCGAAGGGAAUAGUUUGAGGAAGAAGGAUAAUUCGGGUGAUAUCCUGACGAAGGUGACGAUACCCAGGUCGGGGAGUUUUCUCAAUGCUGGGGGUCUGACGCGGUAUAAAUCGAAAGUUUCAAGAAGCAACGGCCAAGCAACCGGCGGUUCCCCUCUCGGCUUCAACGAACUCUUCAACGAAUUCCGCCUCCAGGAGGGCCUCCACUCCAUGGACGAAAUCCUCGGCGUAAUAAUCGACCCCGAAGGAAUGUCCUUCAACGACCUCAAACCCAUCUACAAGGAGUUCCUCCUCAAGCUCUCCGUCACCCUCACAAAAGACGAACUCUACCAGCGCUCCAAAUCGAUAAUGCGCCGCCAAAAAAAGAAACUCCUCCGCCGAAACAGCCUCCAAACAAAGCCCACCCACCACAUCCUCGUCGGCAGCAAAUUCAAGCGUCUCAAGCACAUCUUCCGCAAAAACCUCAAACUCAAGCUGGGCCGCAACAAGUCCGAGUCCGACCCCGGCCCCGGGAAAUCCCCCGAGAGCAGCAUCUCGACGUCGAGCUACGACACUCGCCAGUUUUCGCCGCGCCACGAGCCCAAGCCGAAGAAGCGCGACCGCGUCUCCACCUCCGAAGAGAGCGACUUUUUCAGCCUGCGGCGCAGGAAAAUGGCGGGGAAUCACAACCACCACCAGAAUCGGAACUCUUCGAGCGGCUACGUCUCGUGCUCGGAAUGCUCCUACGACAGCGACACGUGCACUUGCGUCUCGGCCGAUAAGUGCUACUGCUCGCUGGGAAAUAAACAAAACGCGAGGAAAAAUCAAUGUGAUUGCAAUCUGGACGGUCCGGUGACGUUCUGCGGGUGUGAUACCGACUCAUGCACCGAAAGCAAUAAAUGUUACUGUCAGAACCCGGCCAGGAGUCGGACGAUUCAGGAGUUGAAGCGGCGCAGUUUGAAGAAAGACAGGAAGUUGUGCAGGAGGGCGUCGAAUUCGAGGAGUACGAAGAGUUUGGAGUACAUUGGGCCGUAUUAUGAGAAGUUGGGCUCGAAAAGGAAGAAUUAUAACGGGGUGGCGGUGGAUUAUGAGCUGUUCAGUGUGAGGAGCGGGAGAGGGAGGAAUGACCGGACAUUGCAAUCGACUGCCAUUUCCGGCGCCUGCACCGAAGCCCUCUCUGUGAAAAAAUCCGCCGAAAUUGCCGCCCUUUUCGCCGACAUUAAACUAAGUCAAACGACAGACAUCGCCCACUUGACGCCCCGAACUUGCGACAUGGACACGAUUAUUUCCUCACGAAAUGCGUACAAUAAACUGAAAUCGCAACACGAGGCCAAAAAAAUCAUACAGAACGGCCUUUAUGUGAGAAAUAAUCCGAAAAUGUACAGUGCGAGGAACGGACUCUACACUAUUCAGAGCCAAUCGGAUGAAUCCAGACGCUCGAGUUUGAGUGAGGAGAAGAAUUAUUUUGAUUUGACGAAGAAAAAUAGCAGUAAUUUGGAGAAUUCCUUGGGGUAUUUGCCCUAAAUGAUGUGUACAGUGAGGGAUAAAAUGCCAUUUCUUUCGUUUUGGGGGGUUUGAGUUGAGGUAGGGUUGUUAGAGGGGAGAAAUUUUAAUUAAGUGCAAUAAUAUGUGCAAUAUUGUUAUUUAUGUGCAAUAAUUUAUCGUUAAGGAAUAAAGAUUUUAUCUCAGAA